AUGGCACAACGACAGCUUGCUCCGCAGACCCAGAUAGCUUAUGUUCAGGCACCGACUGCAGGUGUUCAGAUCCCAGCUAUAGGAGUUCAGACCCCAGUUGUAGCCCAACACUUACUAGACAUGCAUUCAGCCGAAGCCAACCACCUGAGGGACUUCAGAAAGUAUAACCCUCGAACUUUCUAUGGAUCUUUAGCAGACCCCACCAAGGCACAGAUGUGGUUGAGUUUGGUGGAGACCAUCUUUCGUUAUAUGAAGUGCCCCAAUGACCAGAAGGUUCAAUGCACUGUGUACUUACUGAUUGACUGGGGCAGAGGAUUGUGGGAGUCCAUAGAGAGGAUGUUGGGUGGAGAUAUAAGUAAGAUCACCUGGGAGCAGUUCAAGGAGAUCUUUUAUGCCAAAAUCUUCUCUGCCACAGUGAGAGAAGCCAAGUGUCAUGACUUUUUAAAACUGGAGCAAGGCAACAUGACAGUGGAAGAGUAUGAUCAGGAGUUCGACGCGUUAUCCCGGUUUGCACCCGAUUUAAUGAGAACCGAGGUUGAGAGAGUUGACAAGUUCGUUAAAGGUAUCAAGUUAGAGAUCCAGGGUUUCAUUUGCGUCCUUAGACCAACCACCCAGGUUGAUGCGCUGCGCAUGGCAGUAGACCUGAGUUUGCAUGAGAGGACGAUGUUGGCUAAGGCUGUAGAAAAGGGGCCAACUUCGAGACAAAAACAGAAGAAUGAGCAGCAGCCUAUAGCAACACCACAGAGGAAUUUGAGAUCAGGUGGUUUGUUCCAACGGCACCAACAACAAGCUGCUCAGGCAGCCCAAACCUUGAAGGGGAGAGUUUUUGCCACUGAUAGGCAGGAGGCCGAGAGAGAUGGCACAGUGGUGACAGAUUGUUCCCAAAAGGAGGUAGUUUUUAACCCUCCCAAGGCAACUAGUUUUAAGUAUAAGGGGGCAGGAACUGUGGUUCUACCCAAAGUUAUCUCAGUCAUGAAGGCUAGUAAGUUGUUUGACCAGGAGGAGCUUCCAGGACUUCUGCCUUGCAGAGAGGUUGAUUUCACCAUAGAGCUCGAACCAGUUACUAGUCCCAUAUCAAGAGCCCCAUACAGAAUGGCGCCAGCGGAAUUGAAGGAGCUGAAGGUCCAGUUGCAGGAACUACUGGACAAGGGUUUUAUUCGACCUAGUGUGUCACCUUGGGGAGCACCAGUGUUGUUUAUGAAGAAGAAACUCGUUACUACACUGGUCCUUAUGGUGCCAGAUGGAUGUGGUAAUUAUGUGAUAUACAGCGAUGCCUCUAAGAAAGGACUGGGUUGCGUUUUGAUGCAGCAAGGUAGGGUGGUUGCUUAUGCUUCUCGUUAG